AACCAAUGCCAGGUGUAGCUGCCUUAAAUUCUUCCCUCAUGAAGGUGACAUUGUUCAGUUUUAAGUGAAACAGGUAAUUUAGUCUGCCCUCAAGGAUUUACAGCAGUGUACGCUGUUUGUGGACCUCGAAUGCACCGUGGCUUCUAUCUGUGCCUGGCCGUGCUGCACCGUCCUUGGGCCUCCUCGUGCUCGCAGCUCCCAGCGUUUCAGGGGGGGUAUGUGGCGAAACCUCCUGCGGCCCUGAACCACAGGCAGGUCGUCUCUGAACCGCUGCCUGGAAAAAUGCAUUUCCCACAGUCGGCGCCUCGACUGCAGGGACACGAUGUCUGAGGUGAGCGGCGCGGUGACGGAGGAGGGCGGGGGCGCUGUGGGUGGAGAGGGAGAGCGACGUGAUUGGCGCAGAGGAGGGAGCGUGCGUGCGCCCCGGUGACCCCCCGCCCGGAGCGCUUUAAAGGCCGAUAGAUGGCAGCUCAGCAUCCUCCCACAUCCACAGAGAGGAGAGCCGGAGGACGGAGCAGGAGCAGAGCAGGAGCCGCCGGGGACGCUCUCAGGAUACCACACCGCAUGAAGACACACCGAAGACGCGAGAGAAUGAACGAGUGCCCGCGGAUUUUAGAGACGAAGAUCUGAGAGGAAACAUUUUCUGGUGCCGGUGGAAAUAUUUCGCUUCAGAUACACAGACAGAGAGAGAAAAGAGAGACAGCUCGCCCGUCAUGCAGCACUACGGGGUGAACGGCUACUCGCUCCACGCCAUGAACUCACUGAGCGCCAUGUACAACCUCCACCAGCAGGCGGCGCAGCAGGCCCAGCAUGCGCCUGACUACAGGCCCUCGGUGCAUGCCCUCACUCUUGCUGAGAGGCUGGCUGACAUUAUCCUUGAGGCCCGGUAUGGCUCCCAGCACCGAAAGCAGCGGCGCAGUCGGACGGCCUUCACCGCCCAGCAGCUGGAGGCCCUGGAGAAAACCUUCCAGAAGACCCACUACCCUGACGUGGUGAUGCGUGAGCGUCUGGCCAUGUGCACCAACCUGCCCGAGGCACGCGUUCAGGUGUGGUUCAAGAACCGCCGGGCCAAGUUCCGUAAGAAGCAGCGCAGCCUGCAGAAGGAGCAGCUCCAGAAACAGAAGGAGGCAUCCGGAGCUGCGGAGGGCUCUACAGACGAGUCCAAGACUGACCUCACCACCACCAGCAGCAGCAGCAGCACCACCACCACCACCACCACCCUGGUCCCUGAAGCCCACACUCCUCCUCCUCCCUCCUCCUCCUCCUCCUGCCACUCAGAGACAGAGAGGCUGGCAGCAGCACGGCCGCAGCCUGGAGAGAUGAGCGUGGAGGUGAACGUCACCUCCCCAGAGCCGUCAGACAGCGAGUCGGCAGCAGAGGACAACGGCGACAGGGACGAGGACGAAAUGCGAGGGGAGGCGAGGGUGAAGAUCCCGGAGGAGAUGCAAGGGGAGGGCGGAGCGCAGCCGGGGAGCAGCUCUCCAUCCUGCAAACGUCUGAGCCCCACAUCAGACUCUCCCCUGAGCUCCCCCGCCCUGCCGUCCUCCAGCAGCGCGUCCAGCGGUCUGGCACAAAGCAACUCCUACGCCUCGUCCCCUCUCAGCCUCUUCCGGCUGCAGGAGCAGUUUCGGCAGCACAUGGCCGCCACCAACAACCUGGUGCACUACCCGUCCUUUGACAUGAGCACGCCGUCCUCUCUGCCCUACCUGGGCAUGAACGUCAACAUGCCGUCCCCGCUGGGCUCGCUGCCCUGCCAGUCCUACUACCAGACCCUGUCGCAGGCCCAGCAGGUGUGGAACAGCCCGCUGCUGCAGACGGCGCCGGGCAGCCUCCCCGGAAGCCUCAACAGCAAGACCACCAGCAUCGAGAACCUCCGGCUGAGGGCCAAGCAGCAUGCGGCGUCGCUCGGACUGGACACGCUCCCCAACUGAAGCUCAGGCUGCUCCCUCUGUGUGCUCGCCCACUCGUCAGGGCCGUACCUACGAGUUAUGGUCCCAGUCAACAGGAGGGGACUCUGGCCCACCCCCCCCACCCUUCACUUUCCUCUUUGCCUCAGCAACAAUGUGUAUCCACUCUAAACUUAAUCACAUCGCCAAACACUCAUUUAGCUGCUUUGGUCCCUGCAAAAUUGGCCUUCCUGACGAUUUCAAAUUUCGAAAGUCCUCUUCUAAAUUUGUGCUUGUUUCCACCUUAUUUUUAUCAAACAACUGCUUUUUAUUUAAUCUUUCUAGAUUUCAAAUAAAUCCAAUUUCAAAAUCAGAACCAAGCAGACAAAGCACAUUUUUCAUGCACGUGUGAAGACCACAAAACGUUUUUUAGAGCAGCACUUUAGUUCGGGGGGCCCUGGGCAGUCACCUCAUCAUCGUCAUCGUAUGGGCAUGCGGCUCACCGCUGGGAGCACACCAGAACAUGAAAAGCACCUCGGCUGGAUAGACUUAACAGAAAGUAAGAUUAUGACAAGAACUCAAUGGACUUGAAAAUGAAAAGAAUCCCACCUGGACUGACUGAACUGUACUUUUUUUUGCCUGUGGAACUUUGCUUGCAUCCGACUCCUCUUCAGCUUCCGCUGUGAAGUUCCGGAUAGAAAAGCCUCAUUCCAGGACAGAUAUAAGAUAUUAAAAUAUUCUAUGAUCCAACCCCUGAAUGGGGCCCUAUGCAUGCAUGCACCCCCUCUGAAGCAUGGCUUACAGCCACAAGACACAGAAUGAAGUCACACCAGAUCUGAUAUCAGAAAUAAAGCUCAGAUCGCUCAACAUAAUCCCCCAUUCAGCUGUAUUUCUUUUGCAGACGACACGUGACUCUCCUUGUUUAAGUUACAGCACUCAGCUCAGCCUGCAGAGAAUCCAGUGAGCGUUGUAAAUAUCCCUCAGUGUUCGCCUCUGUCGACCCGGCUGAAGAGCAACUCCUCGUGUGAAUGGAGAGUAAGCGUUCGGCUGCAACUGUAGCUUGAAGCGAAAGGACCGACAGCCAGAAACGACACUAGAGGAGACGCGGCGAAAAAUAAAAUGAUCCUGGCCGACUUUUUUUUUUUUUUUUGCUCACUUGGAUGCCAGACUGAACUCAGCAGAGACGCCACCUUUUUUUCUCAGCCAGUGACUUCAGCAGAGAGACGCACAGGCCCAUUCUCUAUGUAUUAUAUCGAUAUAGAUUCAAGACAUGUAUUUCUCAGUUGUUUAAAAUGUGAGUAAUUUAUCUGUUUAAUGCAAGGGAAUAAAUCACACCUAAGAAUGA